AUGGACAGCCCGUUGAAGUCUAAACCGGAGCAACUUCAUUACUUCCUUGCUGAGAUGGCAAAAUCCGUUCUUUCGAAUCACGCCUUCCAACUUUUCAGCGUCUACUUCAACAUUCGCAUUAAAAUCGGCAAUCGGUAUGAGGGACUCUGUAUUCGGCACUUCCUCAAGGAAGAUUUCAUAUUCUCCCUCGAAAUUGGGUGCAUAGACCUGUACCAAGGUCAACGCUUUAGCCUGCUGUAG